GACCUGGAGUUAUUUUGUUUGUGUGGUUUCGUUUGUCGUUGUGAUGGGGCUUGUAGGUAGGAAUGGUGUGGGGACAUGGUGGAGGGGUCGACGAGAUCAGGGCUAAGGCUGAAGCUGGAGUCUGAGAUCAACAGCCGCUGAUGAUUCGGUAGCAAAUAACAAUGAAUAGCUCUCAGGGACUGGAGUAGGAGAACCUGCAGAGGGAGGCAAGGAUGUUCAAUUUUUGAAAGUUACUUGUGUUGUGAAUGAGUGAAAGGAAGAGGUCGAUGGUCGUUAGGAAACCUUGCUAGCCACUGGCAUAGAGAGCGAAAGUGACUGUUGAAGUGAAGGUGACACUUGAAGGUUAAAUUCCCAAUGUUCAUCAGUAUGAGAAAGUAAAGUGGAAGCUGGGAAUGAGUAGCGGAUCAGGAGUUUCAGUUUGAAGGAGAGACUGAAGUGCAUCAGCAUGAGAUUGUAACCUGUGAAUAUGGUUUUGAAGCUAGUGAUGAAUAGAGGUCGAGUGCGGGCACCCAAUGUGGUUUCCUGAACCUGGCGGGUUGUACGAUGGGACUCUUCAGUUAUUAGCUCCUUAACAAUCAGAAACCAGAAAGUGAAGUGGAGUUUUUAUUAGGACGCAUUAGCUGUAGGAAAAAUCAUCGCCAGUUUAGCCGAUCCUGGAACUCAGCAAUCAGUUGAAGCGUCUCUGCAGAAAUGUCGGCAGUGAUAGCGGUUUGUGAGAAAUUCAGAUGCAUAAGUGAAAAGUAUAAGCAGUAGAAGCAUUUCUGCCUCUUCAAUGUGCGUGCUCGAAACUUGCGUUGAAAUACAGUUUUUCAUUGCUGGUUGUCUCUCUUAAUUUUCUCACUUCGAAACAUGCUAGGUGAGAGUGAUGCGACGAAAGGUUGAUGAAUUGCAAAUAGGUUUGCCUGAAGAGGGAUAGCGAGUUGUCCUUUGCAAGCGGUGAAGGAAGCUACUAAGGAGCAAUUUUUUUGUAUUGCUACGGCGAUAUUCAAUGCGGAACCCGGUUGCUAAUGGCGUGGCUCUUCCUCAGCUAGACGUCACAAACGACGCUGUUGAGGCCAAACCUCAAACCGAAGAGCAAGAGAUUUUAGAGAAGUUCUCGCCUUCCAGACAGCAUUCCAUGAGGAGGUCUAGAACAUCCGGCGAGCUGGAUCGGGACGGGGGAAUCCCGGCCCUUCAGCCUUCGCCUCGACUGCAAACGGCAACGUCUCUAAACCCUGUAACACCAUUAAGAUGGAAAUCGUCGAAACGCGUAGAAAGUGAGAGAAAGAAGCUUCAAGACGAAAUCAAAACAAAAGAGGUGGUAAAGGAGGAGAUUAAGAAUUCCAAAAGCUUCAAGGACGUAAGGAAGGAGCAGAUUAAAACAACAGCGGCAUUAAAACGAGAAGUGAAUGGCAUGGAAACAUCGAAUAAAGCUGACUCAUCCAUCACGUACCACGCGACUUCACAGGAAGCAGACACAAGACCGGUAGUAUCUUCAGCCGCUGCAGUAUCUGUGGUGCCAACACACGCUAUUAAGAAUUCUAACAACGGAAACAUCAGAGGGGUUAUUGGCAGUACAAACUCUGUAGUUCCAGGGAGUCAGCAGGAGACUAAUCAAGUCACAGAAAAUUCUCAGGGCAUAAAAUCUUCUCUUGUGGUAACCCCCGGGGGGAGUAAUGAACAGGCUAAAGCCAGUGAAGAAGCUUCAUCUGUCAAUGCGGAGCAAGGAACUGACCGAAGUAAUGCAGACGUUCCGGGAACUGACAGAAAGACUCCUACGGGGGAAGAAACAUCGGUUAUAACGAUCGACUUCCUCAGAGCAAGACUUUUAGCAGAGCGUGCUUCGUCUAAAGCUGCGAAGGAACAGAUACAGCAGCUGACCAAAAGGGUGCUUGAACUGGAGAGCAAGUUGGAUCAAGAAAUUGGAUUCAGAAAAAAGGCCGAAGAAAUAGCGCAGGAAGCUCUUUUGAAGUUGCAACCACCAGAGAAGGAUAAACCUAGUACCCUUUCUGAGGAAAAGGAAGCUGAACCGCAUGAUAAAGAGUUUGCAAAUUCUGUUGAAGAAAAGGGUCAAGUUUCUGAGGAUCACUUGAAUGACGAGAGGACAAAAGCAACCGAUAACACUAAUUCAAGUGACAUACUAUCUCCCAAUCUGACUGUUAAGGAGGGGAACGAGGUAAAGAUUUGUGAAGACAUAAUUAGUAAUAUGUCCGAACAGGAGGAUGGUGGUAUUCAGACACAAAAUGUUUCCGAAAAAUUCGAGACACAGGAAGCAAAAGAAGACACCCUUUGUGCAGUGCCAGGAGUGACGUCUGCCAGUGGUGACAUAGUUUGCCCUGCUAACUCAGAAAUUAAACGACAAGAGAACAGGUUUGAAGUAAAAGAGCGGCUACGCAGCAUGUGGGAUCAGUUGACAAAAGAAAUGGCUGCUCUUGCUGAAGAUAAUACUGAAAAGGACUUCGUUCAGUUAGAAAUUCUGAACUGGAUGGGACAAGUCCCAAGUGUAUUACAAGAUGUUGUUCCAAAACAAUCUGAGAAUGAGAGAUCGGUGACUGAAUCAAGCACUGAGAAUUCGCAGCCGAAUGAUGCAGAUGUCUCGCCUCCAAGUUCGAAUGUUGAUCAAAUCCAAAGAGAAGAUCCGAUCGGAGAUCGUUCACUGGAUGGAGCGCAAUGUAGUGGCAAGAGUGCAGCAGAGGACAAAGGAUUGAAAAAGGUUGCGUCAUUGAUUGAGAGAUUUGAAGCUCAGGAAAAUAUCCCGCGAGAAUGGGAGCAGAACUAUACCAAGCAGCACUCGGUUGGUGGGAGGCGAAGCAGAGAAGGCUCCAUGAGUCGCACAAAUAGCACUCCAGGAACUCCUAAUUCAGUUGUGUCUCAACAAGAAAGUCAGCAGGAGCAAUCGGGAGAUGUACCUUCAAGGACUUUGUCUCAGAUUGGAGAUCUUAAUUAUUGUUCCCCCGUUCCGAACUCUCCUAUUUCAUCCAGCCGAAUCAUUGGCCCAGAAAAUCCGCUUCUUAGAAAAGAAAACGAUACAGUGGAUACAUGCCCUACGGAGAACAAUUCCUCUUCCAGUUACUUAUAUCCUCCAAUAGUUGAAGAGACGGCGAGUCGAACAGGUGGAGAAGGAACUGCCGAAAACGGCAAUCACGAGACCAAGAACUUGAUCCUAGACCACGAAAAAUUCGAGGUUGAGAGAUCAUUGGAUCCUUCUUUCAUUACACCCCCUCUUCUUAGAACAUCGUCAGGAUCGAGAGCAUGCGAGAACAGAGACAUCAUGAGUGACGCGGUGAACAGGUCGCAAUUUUUGAAACACAGCAAUCACUAUCAGAAUUCAAGUGCUGGUUCGGAAGGAAGAUAUGACAGCCUUCCAAGCCAUUCAGGAAGAAGCAAUGCAGAAAGGGGAGAGCCGGCAGGAUCACAACCUCUAGUUAGUUGGGUGAUGCAGGAGGUGGCUCACUCAUCUAAUUUGUCAAUCAACAAAGGAAAAAGUUCCUCUCAAUGGGUAGCACCCAGCAUAGGUCUUCAUCAACGUGAGAGAAUGGUGCCUUAUUCACAGGCUGGGAAUAGCAAUGCAUACAUAAGACCAGAAGUAUCAGGAAAUUAUCCUCUGCGGAACGAUGAGAGAGAAAUUUACCGCGGACGAAUGGAAAGCGUGUCAAGAAGCAUGGAAGGGCUUGGGUUUUCUUGGAGGUCAUCGUCAGAUCCUGAAGGGGAUGACAUUCUAACUUAUGCAGACAUACCGGAUUCAUUUGAGUCAGGAACCACUCGAUCAAGAUCAGGCCCACUAAUGCCCUUCCAGGUAGAUGGAGGCUCAGGACGAUUAUGCUAUAACCAAGGUGAAACCAUGAUGGUCACUUCUGCAAGCUUUACACAUUCUGGUGGGGAAAUUUCACGAGAGAAUUAUCAGACCCGAGCAUCAAACAAAAUUGAAAGUACCACAAGCAAAGUGAACGAGGUUCUCAAAGCUUUACAGUUAGCAAAGCUCAGUAUUCAGAAUACUGGGGCUAGGAGAUCAUCAAUUUCUAACUCAAGCGAGCUCAGUUAUCCUGGAGGUGAGAAAAACAACCGGAGGGCAAUGUUUGGAGCCAGUGGAGGUGGUGGAACGACCUACGGAUCCCCAACUGCACCCCAAGAAAUUUCGAGAAUGUACUCCACAGACAAUUUUCGAGAAGCGGGAUCUCCAACCCGCCUCGAACCUGCAUGCUCCACACGCACGGUUGCUCUGCUGAUGGAUUCACGCCGAAAAGACGCUCAAAAGGACCGCUCCUUGGCAGGUCGGUCCAGCCCAGUCUCAAACGCACAUAGGAAGUUCGUAAGUAAGUUUUCCAUGGGAGGCGGUGUACAGUACGUCUAGCCCAACUAAAAGGCCGCCUUCGUUUUUCCCCAACUUUCCUAGCUCAUCGAUGAAAACCCACUGCAGGUGGGUGCCCUGGUUAUUGCGGUAACAUUUAGCCUACACGUCUAUAUGACAGUUCCUUCUCCAAACAGCAUCCUCUCUACUCAGCUGUGCCACCAGUUGAUCGUGGAAACGAAAAGGCGCGUUUCCAAUCUCGUAAAAAUCCGGUCUGGGUUGUGUAGAAAAUACCCACAGAGAGUGAGUGAUCUGAGCUGUACCGGGGAAUUAUCUGUAGCUGAGAAAUACUAAUCGAUCAUUGAAGACUCGCCUGUGCCUGUCUUGCUGCAGCUGCUUACGUUAAUUCCUCGUUGCAUGUACGACUCGUGAGCUAUUGACCCCCUCUGUCGAGACCUUCAACCAGGAAUUGUUGCAUGAAUCCCACCCUUGUGAUGAAUGACUGAAACCUCAGACAUUCCAUCACUCCUCGCCACUUCAAUGUUAGUGAUAAAGAACAGAAUGGCGACAUUAGUGAUAAUCUACAGACUCGGCGUCUGUGUUUCGAAAUCUUCUACCAGCAGAGCGAUGGCUGCGUCGAGCUUUGCCAUCAGACACGCAGUUCCAUUCUGCAACCUCUUCGGCACACUGCGAACUAUACUUGUCGUCCAAGGAGGCCGCUCGUGUGAACAGAACCUGGGUCAUGCAGUUCUAGAAAAAUCCCCCUUAUCCCCUUCGACCAGACGUGUGAAUAGGACCCUGGAAUUUGCCGUUCAAACCUAGUCACGAUUUGGUAUGAAUUUAAAUUAUACUCGUAGUUUGUGUUUUAUAAGCCGUUUUUACAAAUAAAAACUCUCAUAUUUCUUAAAUCGAACUUACUAAAAAUUAUUUUAAAUUUCUUUCG